CAUUCUGUUUUAUUAUUAUUAUUAUUAUUAUUUAAAAAAAAUUCAGGUUUGUAAAUGUAUAUACAGUAGUUGAAAUUAUCAUUUAUCAAGAAUAACCAGAUGCCAUAUUACAAGCAGAGUAACGUCUGAAAUCCAUAGAGGUACAGCUCUGGAAAAUAAUAUAUAUUUAUAGGUUUAUGUUUGAGUAAAAUGAACAUUGUUGUUUUAUUCUAUAAACUACAGACAACAUUUCUCCCAAAUUCCAAAUAAAAAUAUUCUCAUUUAGAGCAUUUAUUUACAGAAAAUGAGAAAUGGCUUAAAAAAACAAAACCCUGGUUUUUAAUCACAGUUUUUUUCAUGCAUCUUGUCAUCAUGUUCUCUUCCUCCACCAGUCUUACACACUGCUUUUGGAUAACUUUAUGCUGCUUUACUCCUGGUGUAAAAAUUCAAGCAGUUCAGUUUGGUGGUUUGAUGGUUUGUGAUCAUCCAUCUUCCUCUUGAUUAUAUUCCAGAGGUUUUUAAUUUGGUAAAAUCAAAGAAACUCAUCAUUUUUAAGUGAUCUCUUGUUUCUCUUAAUUUUGUCCUCUAUACAGUUUAUUCAUGUGUGCAGCUGUUCCCUAAGUACCUAAAACUGUAAUUACAACGCAUAUCAAACAAUUAAUGUGUUAUUAUUCUGCUAUUUUAUAAAUAUACAUAUUUAAUAGUUUAAUCAUAUGGAAUUUUUUAAAUUACAUUUAUUUUCUUAAAUUGUUCUGUAUUUAUUUAUCUCCAUCCAUCUUCCCUCCAUCAGCUCUCACCAGCUUCCUAAAUCUGUCCCUGCUGAAGAAAGAAAAGCUUAUCCCCACAGCGUGAUGCUGCCGCCACCAUGUUUCACAGUGCGGUGGAGAUUCAGGAUGAUGAGCAGUGUUACUGUUCUGCCACACACAGCAAAUCAUUACUAUUUUUGCUUACAAACUGAAAAUACAUUAAUAAACCUGCUAAUAUAAGUUAAGUGCUGGAUAAGCACUAAUGCUGGGGGUGAAAAUUCACAGUUGUGCAACACAUCCUCCAGAACUGCUCUUCUGCAUAAUCUUAUCUCAAACCUCAAUCUCAAACUGACUAAACCAGCUACACCACGUCUGCAGAACGUCCUCAGAACAUCUUUAACAGCUAGGAACAGAAGAGGAACGGGACUCAGAGCUCCAUCAGUGAACGUUGAAGAUCCUCUCUGAGAUGUCGUCGUCUGAGAAGACGGAGGACGUCUACCAGACCCUGAACCAGCCUUCAGUAGUGAAGAACCUCCACCCAGAACCCGGAUCAGAGAGGAGCAGCAAGCUGAUGAUGAUGCUGAUGAUCUUUAACUCUCUGUUAUUGAUCGCUGGAUUGAUCCUGAUCGGACUCUUUUACAGGUCGGUAUUGGAGGAGAAUAAAGGGGCGUGGCUUCUUCAUGAUGAUUCUUUCUACUUUAUCUGGGAGGCGGAGGGGAACUGUACUAAAGCAGCGAACUACUGUAGCGCCAAAGCAUCCAACAUCAGACUCGCUGUACUCACACCUGAACUGAGGGAUUGGCUGAUAACUCAGGCUAAAGGAAGAAAGCUCCUGGUUGCAGAGGAUGAGAGUGUGAGUGGGUGUAAACUGGUUGGAGAUCAGGUGAGCUUGGAGACGCCGUUCAUCCCUGGAGAAGAACAAGGCUGGGUGUGUGAACACCUUCACCAGAAAUUAUCUGGGCCACCCGGACCACCUGGACCUGAAGGACCACCUGGACCAAUGGGACUAAAGGGAGAACGUGGACUACCUGGAUUCCCUGGAGUACCUGGACUACCUGGAUCACCUGGACCAAGUGGAUAAAUGUAAUAUAACAAAUGACUUGUGAUUUAAAAAUACAUUUUUCCUGCAUUAUUUCCUGCAUUAAAUGAGAAAUAUACUGUAAUAUGAAUAGAGUCUUGUGUGUACAGAUUCCCUGUAUGGAUCUGUAUAGACUCCUGUAUUAAACCACCAUCAGAUCAACAGCUAUGCUCUUAACUCCGCCCAUCUUCCUCCACCUGAUGGGAGGAGAUCACCAGAAGUAAUAAAGAAAAAAUAAUUCUUAAAAUAUAUAAAUAUACAUCUGUAAUGCACUUAAUUUGCCUGUGUGAAAGAAAGAAAGAUGCCAUACAAAUAAACUUUCCUUGCAUUAAACUUC